GCUGAACUGUGCGUGUCUCCAGACUGACUCCACCAUGAGGACUCUGGCCCUCCUGCUGCUUCAGGCGGCUCAUGUUCUUGGAUGCGGAGCGCCGGCGUUCCAGCCUGACACCACCAGCCGGGUGGUGAACGGAGAGGCCGCCCGCCCCCACAGCUGGCCUUGGCAGAUCUCCCUGCAGGUGAAGCACGGCAGCCGCUGGCAUCACACCUGCGGAGGGACUCUGAUCGGACCUCGCUGGGUGCUGACGGCCGGACACUGCAUCUGGCCAGGAGACGUGUACCGGGUGGUGAUGGGGGAGCACGACAUGAGCCGGCAGGAGGGCACCGAGCAGGUCAGAGACGUCCUGCGCAUCGUCGUCCACCCGAUGUGGGACAUUGACUUCGUGGCUGACGGCAACGAUCUCGCCCUGCUGAAACUGGACAAGAGCCCCAUCCUGAACGACAGCGUGGGCGUGGCCUGUCUCCCGCAGGCCGGGGAGAUGCCCGCGCACGGCGCCCCGUGUUUCAUCUCCGGCUGGGGAAACCUUUACACCCACGGCCCCAUGCCCGAUGAGCUGCAGCAGGCCUUGCUGCCGGUGGUGGAGCACGCCGUGUGCAGUCGCAGCGACUGGUGGGGCGGCACCGUGAAGAGCUCCAUGAUCUGCGCGGGAGGCGGCGCCGUCUCCGGCUGCAAUGGAGACUCCGGGGGUCCUCUCAGCUGCUUGGGCGCCGACGGUCGCUGGUACGUCCAGGGCGUCACCAGCUUCGUGUCCUCCCGGGUCUGCAACGAGGAGAAGAAGCCCACCGUCUUCACCCGCACCUCCGCCUUCACCGAGUGGCUCGGGGACGUCAUGCUGCGGUACUGAGGAACCGGACUCCAAUGGAUCAAUAAUCAAUCCCAAUGUUUUCAUUAUCAGAGUCUGAACGAUCAGGGUAUGAAAAGAUAUAAUGUAGUGAAAUAAAAUAUCAUCUUUUA